UGGAGGUGCCUCCCGCCCGCCCCACGGGAGCUGAGCGGUUCUGAGCAGCGGGAGCGCCUCAGCCCUGCUCCUAAGAGGAGCAGUUGAACGGAACGGGCAGACGGGCAGCACCGGGGCGCUUUUUGGAGGGCCGGGAGCGGCGGGAGCCGCAGAGUUGGAGUAUAAAGUGCGAAGAGAACGCGGAGCGCAGCUGUUGCCGUUCUUAUUCCUAGAGGCAGCGCUCUUCGGGCCGCCCCCGCCCUGCCCUCGCCUCAGAGCCGCGCCGCUCCCCUGGGGCGGCAGCGCGGAGCGGUUGUCGGUAAGGGGUUAAAUAGUACUUUGCGUUCAAUACAUUUGCUGUGGAGGAUCUCCAGUUGCUUCACAAAUUAGGUGAUCCUACAGAGUGCCUGCAUCAUUUGAAAAUUGACCCUAGAUCAUCGCAGGAUAAUUUCUUCCCCCCUUCUUUCCCUAGGACUUUGGGCUUGCCUCAGCUGUACUUGGUGGCUUAAUUCCUGACUAGAGUUAAAGUGCAAAGCAGAAGAUGUCAGAUAGUCAUUCAGUAGCAUUCAAUAUUAUUAAAAGAAAUAGGUUAACGUCUCCCAGCAGCAGUUUUAAAAGCUCCAGUUUUAAAGACACUCGUUCCACUUCAGCAAUUCUGGACAGCAGAUGCAAUGAGUCAUUAAAAGAUCCUGAUGCAGAACAUAAAGAAACACCGAGAGCAACAAGUUUAUCUUUGCUACAAGAGCAUUCUGACCAUAUCCGUCCAAAUGACCUCUGUUCUGUGUCAUCUAUUGAAAAUGAAAUGAAUUCUAUCUCCUUAUCAGACAGAAGAGAAGCAAACAGGAGCACGUAUUUUUUUGAAACCCCGAAAGCGGGUAGAAAAGGCUCCUCGUUACGCAGGAGGCUGCUUUUAUUGAAGGCUGGUGCAGCUGUAGGGAGCUGUGAAAAACAAGUUGGUUCUUCAGGGAGCAGCAGGAAAAAACUAUUCCCUUCUGUUCUGAGCUCUGAAGAAAAACUGUCACAAACUGCUUCACACUCUUUGAAAGAUGAAAGUUGCAACACCCUGAGAGGUAGCACUGUGGAGACUGAGGGCUCUAGUCCUGAUUGCCCAAAGCGGCGACUAUCCUUUUCACAACAAAGGACUUCUACUCUAGAUGAGUCCAAAUGUAAGGAUCCCUCAUUGCUGGAAACAGAAUGUUUUUCUCCAAUUGAGGGUAAGGAUGUUACUGCUAGUAACACUAAUGAAUUCAGUGAGAGUGUCCUUUUAAGUGUUAGUGAAGGGUUGCUUCAGACUCCUACUUGCAGUGUGUUACCUGAGGCCAGUGAUAGCAAGAUCCUGAAUUCUAUUGAUAGUCUUGUAGAGAACUUCAACUUUGAGCUGUGCGAUGGAAACAAUCCCUCUAUUAAACUGGCAAGUUACCCAAAUAUUUCAACACCUGAGGAUAGCGGAUAUAAUUCACUCCAACUGGACAAAUCAGGAGACUUGUUGUCUGAUCAUGAGGGUUCUUUUCAAGAGAGCUUUCGAAAACGCAAAGAAGGUUCCAAAAUUCUGGAUAUUAAAAGAAAGGCAAGGAAAAUUGAACGAGUGAGAAGGUUGUCAACUCUUCAGGAACAGGGCUCACAGUCGGAGACAGAAGACCAUCAUGGCAGUCCUAAUUCAGCACGUAUGUUAGUGGAAGAAAGAAGCUUUGUCACAGAAGACCAUGGAUUAGUUUUAAAGGAACAGACGAGUAAAGACUCAGCUGUAAAUUAUGGAGAUCUCUCAAGAACUCCAGCUCUGCAAGUAGUCCAUGAAAUUUGCUUGCAAAGACAAAGAUCAGACAAAAAUCAAAUAUCAAAGAAUACUGUUGGAACACAAAUAGUUGCGUUAAAACAUGUUCUUGCUGGACUUAUUGGCAAGAAAAUGGGCCUUGAAAAGUUAGAUAUUUUAACUGAAUUAAAAUACAGAAAUUUAAAACAUGUUCUUGCUAUUGUUUUAGAUGCUUUGACAGUGGAAAGUCUAUGCAGCAUUUGGAAAGUAAGCAAAAACUGGCGUGAAAUCAUUGUACAAGAUAAAAGAGCAGAUAGAAGGAGGAAGUCAUACAUAAAACAGCUGAAAGAAGAAGCUGAGGAACACCUAUUGAAAACUGAAGAUGCUGCCACAAGACUUAAUGUCCUCAACAGAUCUGCUCUAAGGCCAGUUCAAGCUCAAGCCAGAACUCCUGGACUGCAAACACCACCCUCUUACACUGAACUUACACCCAGGAGAUGCAGUUCUGUUCCCCAGUCAACCAGUAGACAGGAAGAAUACAUAAAAGUUGCUAAAACUCUAUUCACUGACGAAGCUCUAAAACCCUGUCCAAGAUGUCAAUAUCCUGCUAAGUAUCAGUUGGUAAAGAAAUGGGGGCUAUGUAGCAGAGAGGCCUGUGCCUUUGAGUUCUGCAUUUUAUGUCUGCAUGCUUUCCAUGGGUCCAAAGAAUGUAACAGCUUAUCAGCAAAACAGAAGAACAAAAAAGAUGCUCCUCCAGGAAGUGCCCAAAGCAAAAGAAAUUUAAAAAGACUCUAAAUCUGUAAGGCAUGCAAGUCCUUGCAUUUCAUUCCUUUUCCCCUUCUUCCUAAGUACUGACAUCUUGGAAGUCUAAUCUGAUGUAGUUUUGCUUAUCAAGAUAACUUCAUGUGUACAUAUCUUAAUUCAGUGCAUUUUUCUUUUUGAAAAAAGUGAAUAUUUUAAAACGUUUUGUUUUACCUGUCAUGUAGUAGCU